GAGUUUGGUUUCCUGUAGGCGAAGUUACAGUUUUGUAUCUGCAAGAACAUUUGUUUAUUUUGGUUAGCAGCUGGUCUCUGGCCCCGCGGUGCGAGAACAGGACGAGAUCCCCGGGCUUUGAAGGGUCGCUGACUUCACUUUAGGUUUGGGAUAGCAUCGGCCCCGGAGUUUAAUCGGUCACUGAAGAUGUGGACGAUCGCCUGCCUGUCGCUGCUGUGGCUCCUUGGAGCGUCCAGUAACGAAGUCAAACGAGAAGCUGCCGUUGCAAAGCUUGGUUCAUCAAUCUUCCUACAAUCGGAAGUCGGAGUUAAACCACAGAAGCAAGAGAUCAUUUGGACAUUCAUCAGCAGCCACAGAAGCCCUCUCACCAUUUUACAUCACAUCCCGAAUUACAAGGAGUGGGCAGAGCCCAGUGAACAGUUCAAGUUGCGUCUGCGCUUUUUUCGUUCCAAUGGUUCUUUGAUGAUAAAUGGAUUAAAAGCUGGAGACCAAGGAGAUUACAUUUUGGAGGUAGACAACUGUGAACUGAAAGUAAUACAUUUGUCUCUCUUCGAUGACCUGCUGGAAGCUGUGAUAUUGACCAACUCCUCCUCCUCCUUCGUUUCUACUACCUGGCUCCUGUGCAAUGUCACUGGAGAUCCUCAGAAGUAUCAAUGGUGGAAAAAUGGAGUGGAAAUCUCCCAGCUUCACCAGCUUACAGAUGGCAAUCGGAGUCUUAUUAUCAUGAAUCCCUCAAUACGAGACUGUGGAAUUUAUACCUGUGUGGCAAGCAAUCCGGCCGUCUCCAUCCAGGUUAAUUACACCCUAAUCAUUUUUGAUUUUCAUCAAGAGGACAUUGCAAUAAUUGUCCUGUCGGUGAUGUCUCCGGUGCUUUCUGUCUUGCAGUAUUUGUGGUACUUGAAGCUCAACACAGACAGAGCUGUGAGCUGGGUCAAAUGCUGGAGGCAGUUCCUGGAUAUCUGUAACCUCAUGACCUGUAUCACAACCCUCAUGAACUGCGUCACGACCCUCAUCAGACUUAUCCGCAUAGAAGGUUCGUACCCUGUCUUCGUAGCGGCUUGUUGCACAAUUUCCCUUCAGUUUCUGACUUCUGUUCUGCAGUUCGCUGUCCGGUGGCUAGGCUGUCUCCAAAAGAGGGCAGCUAUUUUGGGACGGACCAUCGCUGUACUUCAUUUCAUCAUGAUCAUAAUUUCAGGCACUGCUUUGACAUUUCAACCAGACUAUCAAGGCUGUGAAAUGAGCUUUAUUGUCUGGAUAAUAUUCUUUGGAGCAGUGAUCGUGGGUGCUGUGGUCUUUCUCUCCGACUACGUGGUCCAAUUCCUGUUCUGCAGAAAGGAAAAUCUUGAAACAGACCCACCAGAUCCCUCAGCUUCUAAUAAAUAUCUGAUGUCCGAUUUAGAAAGAGUAAGGCAGUCUGCAUUUUCAGACGACAUUCCCAGUUUGAAGGCUCAACAGUCUGGACUCAGUCUUGAUGACACUUUGGAUUCCCAGAUAAAUACUGAGACACAGGAAUCUGGCGUACUGGAGGUGGAAGAGCGGUGCAGUUGAAA